GACCUUCUCCGAGCGAGAGAGACGCUCGACAUUAGUGGGCGGGUUGAAAAUCUAAAGUGGCUAAGGACCCCCGGACAGUUUCUCUUCCCGUAACCGCUCCGGUCUUCCACGAUGGGAAUUCUCCCAGAAAUCGCCGCCGUUGGAAAGGGCUUUCUCCCGAAAAUCUAAAGAGGUGGUGUUGUUGAAUCCCAAGUCUCGGCGGAUGGCGGAGAUGGCGCGGAGGUCGGAGGGUUGAGAACUUGGAUGUCGCAUGAUUAUUUACUGCUCCCAAUACUCUAUUCUUAUUUAAGUGGUAGAGUUUCAUCAAUUCUCAUAUUUUAGUGGUGUGUUUUACCCGGAAAAUUGGUCAUAUAUAGUUAUAUACAGUCGUGGUAAACCAAAGUAGAGAAAGAGAAAGUAAUAAGAUCGUGUAAUUAUACAACACAUAAAAAAAUGGUAUUUCAGAUUCUCGGCGUGGUAAUAAUCCUACUGGUGUCGGCAUCACCGUCCGGUCGUGCAGAUCCAGCACCGGUGCAGUACUCCGCCAUAAACUGCCGCAAACACACGGCGGUCCUAACGGAUUUCGGAGCCGUGGGGGACGGCAAGACGCUGAACACCAAGGCGUUCGAAACCGCCGUCGCCAACCUGUCCCAGCUCGCUGCCGACGGCGGAGCGCAGCUGAUCGUGCCGGCGGGGAAAUGGCUGACGGGGAGUUUCAAUCUCACCAGCCAUUUCACCCUUUUCCUCCACAAGGAUGCCGUGAUCCUUGGUUCCCAGAACAUGGAAGACUGGCCAUUGGUGGCUCCCCUGCCUUCGUUCGGCACAGCGGCGGAUGGCUCCACCGGCGCCAGGCACGCCAGCCUUCUCUUCGGCGCCAACCUCACCGACGUCGUGAUCACGGGGAACAACGGCACCAUCGACGGCCAGGGAGCAAAUUGGUGGGAUGAUUUCAAGAACAAGAAACUCAAGGACGCCCGGCCGUUCUUGGUGGAGAUUCAGAGUACGGAUCAGCUCCAAAUCUCCAACGUUACCUUCACCAAUUCCCCAAUGUGGCAUGUCCACCCCGUUUAUUGCAGCAAUGUGGUGAUCCAAGGGGUGACCAUCCUGGCUCCAGUUGAAGUCCCCAACACGGAUGGCAUCAAUCCAGAUUCUUGUACCAACAUCCGGAUCGAAGACUGCUACAUAGCGUCGGGCGACGACUGCAUCGCCGUGAAGAGCGGGAUCGACCAGUACGGCAUCAAAGUGGGGAAGCCGACGAAGCAGCUCGCCAUCCGGCGCGUGACGUGCGUCUCGCCGGACAGCGCCGUGGUGGCGCUCGGCAGCGAGAUGUCCGGCGGUAUCCAGGACGUCCGGAUCGAGGACGUGACCGCGAUCAACUGCCAGUCGGGCAUCCGGAUCAAGACGGCGGUGGGCCGGGGCGGGUACGUGAAGGACAUCUUCGCCCGGAGGAUGACGAUGAGCGGGAUGGAGAAAGUGUUCUGGAUGUCCGGCGCCUACAAGUCCCACGCCGACGGCGGGUUCGACCCCAACGCCCUGCCCGUGGUCCACAACAUCAACUACCGCGACGUGGUGGCCCAAAACGUCACCGUCUCGGCCAUACUCGAUGGGCUCGAGAAAGCCCACUUUACCGGGAUCUGCAUCUCGAACGUGACCCUGAAUUUGGGCCCGGCGGCCCGGGAGCUGCAGUGGAACUGCACGAAUGUUUCCGGGACGACGAGCCGGGUGACGCCGAAGCCGUGCGACGCGUUGCCGGAGAAGGCAGGGGACUGUCCAUUUCCGGAGGAUAAGCUGCCGAUUGAUGACUUCGUGCUGAAGUCAUGUUCGACUGCUUAAUUAAGAUUAGCUUUGGGUUGAAUUUGUGUGGUGAAAUAUUUUUGUGUAUGAAUUGGUUCACUGAGGAAUAUAAUUAUGAAGGGAAUAAUUUUUGUUUAUGAAUUUUGUGUAUAUUUUUGUUGAAAAGAGGUAAGCAGCAAGUUUUGGGGUAUGCCGCCUGCAUACAAGUGAGAUUUUAUUGAAAAAGUUUAGUCUAUAAAACUAUAAAUUUUACAUAUAAAAUGUAAUGACUUAGUGGUAUCCGAGCAGAAGGUUUCAAUUUGUCUCGACAACAUAGUAAUUAUCAUCCUCGUAAUAAAAGUAGAUAGAGAUAUUUUUUUUUUUUGACAAAAGUAGAUAGAGAUAUAAUAUGACAUUAAAACUUGCAUUCCGUGCAAGAUACAUCCAUCUGUAUCAUCACAGGAUAAUCAUAUAUAAAGUUCGUAAUAUAAUGUAAUUUUUUUCUUAGAAUGUCGAUGCUACUUUUAAGUUCUGUUAUAACUUAUAAGAAACUAUUUGUAAAAUUGAUAGGGCAAAAGCGUAUGCUUUAAUCCUAUCUCGUAGUAAACCGGAAAGUCCGGGUAUCGUCUCUCAGGGACUGGUACAACCUUAAGAUUUACCGAUUUAAUAGAGCAAACUAUAGGUGAAAAUGAUUUAAUGAGAUUAUUAACUACUAGCAAAAUUAACUAAACAAGUAAAUUAAAGUGUCGGGUUUAAAUCAAUGGGAGAAAGCUCUGGGAGAAACACCGGGACUCACUACCUAUCAUAUCCAAAUUAAUUCACAUACUCCAAUCAAUUUAAUCCAUACCUCUACAGCCAGGAUAUCACGAAUGUGCUAGCUAUCCCUGUCGGGAAUUACUACGUACUAAAAAAUUAAUUCAAAUCCUACUGUCGUAGCUCAAUGAAUUAACUAUUUAGCCUGAAGAUCGAUAUCCUAUUUAAGACCGCAUAGCACCUUAUUUAAUCCAUUGUCGCUUCGAUAAGUUACUAUGUCACAAGAAAUAGGUUCAGUUAAU